UCUAACACACUGGUGGUCCUCAGGAAGGAAGGAGAUCCUGGACUGAGUAGAGUGGAAUGAAGAAGCCCACUGGCGAGAUGGAGAACUACAGCUAGUAGUACCUUGUGGAUUACUACAAAUCAACCAUGUCUGCCAAAACCACAGUGUGCACUGUUCCGAAGAGAAAAGGCUUAUUGAAGUUUAUUAGGUUUAUACUUCUUACAUUUUGAAGUUUGCAAUAUAAUCCUUUUGGGAAAAGGAGGAACAAUGACUUUUUAUAGCUUCUAUUUGCUUCUCAUUGCGUUUACUUGGAAUACCUCAGCCUAUGGACCAAAUCAAAGGGCACAGAAGAAAGGAGAUAUUAUUCUUGGUGGCCUGUUUCCUAUUCAUUUUGGAGUAGCUGCUAAACACCAGGAUCUGAAAUCUCGGCCAGAAUCUGUUGAGUGUAUAAGGUAUAAUUUCCGUGGUUUCCGCUGGCUUCAGGCAAUGAUCUUUGCCAUUGAGGAGAUUAAUAACAGCCCAACUCUUCUUCCCAACAUGACUCUUGGAUACAGCAUAUUUGACACCUGCAACACAGUCUCCAAAGCCCUGGAGGCCACAUUGAGUUUUGUGGCCCAAAACAAGAUAGACUCUUUGAAUUUGGAUGAGUUUUGCAAUUGCUCAGAGCACAUUCCCUCCACAAUUGCAGUAGUGGGAGCAACUGGCUCUGGGAUCUCUACUGCAGUGGCCAAUCUCUUAGGUCUCUUUUACAUACCUCAGGUUAGUUAUGCUUCAUCCAGCCGCCUCCUGAGCAACAGGAAUGAAUAUAAAUCUUUCCUGCGUACCAUACCCAAUGAUGAACAUCAGGCCACUGCCAUGGCAGAUAUUGUUGAGUACUUCCGCUGGAACUGGGUGGGUACCAUUGCAGCCGAUGACAAUUAUGGCAGACCAGGGAUCGAAAAGUUCAGAGAAGAGACAGAGGAGAGAAAUAUCUGUAUUGACUUCAGUGAGCUCAUUGCCCAGUACUUGCCUGAGGACCAGAUUCAGCAGGUGGUGAAAGUCAUCCAGAAUUCCACAGCAAAGGUGAUUGUUGUCUUCUCUAGUGGCCCAGACUUGGAACCACUGAUCAAGGAGAUUGUCACACGUAACAUCACUGGCCGGAUUUGGCUGGCAAGUGAAGCCUGGGCCAGCUCUUCACUAAUAGCCAUGCCACAGUUCUUUCAUGUUAUGGGUGGCACCAUCGGAUUUGCUCUAAAGGCAGGACAGAUCCCUGGCUUUCGUGACUUUCUGCAGAAGGUGCAUCCUAAGAAAUCAGCUAACAAUGGAUUUAUCAAAGAGUUUUGGGAGGAGACUUUUAACUGCUACCUGCCGGAAGGAAACAAGAAUCAUCCAGGUUCUAUGUCCUUCCAUAAGGGCCAUGAAGAAGGCACUAGACCUGGAAAUGGCACAGCUGGCUUCCGCCCCCCAUGUACAGGGGAGGAAAACAUCACCAGUGUGGAGACCCCUUACAUGGAUUACACUCACCUGAGGAUAUCUUACAACGUGUACUUGGCAGUAUACUCAAUUGCCCAUGCUUUGCAGGACAUCUACACCUGUAUCCCCGGGAAAGGCCUGUUCACCAAUGGGUCUUGUGCAGACAUCAAGAAGGUCGAGGCAUGGCAGGUACUGAAGCAUCUUCGGCAUCUGAACUUCACUAACAAUAUGGGGGAGCAAGUCGAUUUUGAUGAAUCUGGAGGCCUAAUAGGGAAUUACUCGAUAAUCAAUUGGCACCUGUCACCAGAGGAUGGCUCCAUUGUAUUUGAGGAGGUUGGACACUAUAACGUUUAUGCCAAGAAAGGAGAGAGACUGUUUAUCAAUGAAAAUAAGAUUCUGUGGAGUGGGUUCUCAAAAGAGGUGCCUUUCUCCAAUUGCAGCAGAGACUGUCAGCCAGGCACUAGGAAAGGCAUUAUUGAGGGCGAGCCCACAUGUUGUUUUGAAUGUGUAGAAUGCACCGAUGGGGAGAUCAGUGAUGAAACAGAUGCCAGUGCUUGUGAGAAGUGUGCUGAAAACUUCUGGUCCAAUGAAAACCACACUUUCUGUAUUCCAAAGCAGAUAGAAUUUCUCUCUUGGACAGAGCCAUUUGGGAUUGCUCUCACCCUUUUUGCUAUACUGGGCAUCUUUCUGACUUCAUUUGUUCUGGGUGUCUUUACCAGGUUUCGCAACACACCCAUUGUCAAGGCUACAAACCGUGAACUCUCGUACCUCCUCCUCUUUUCACUGCUGUGCUGCUUCUCCAGCUCCCUUUUCUUCAUUGGUGAGCCCCAGGACUGGAAUUGUCGCUUGCGACAGCCAGCCUUUGGUAUUAGUUUUGUCCUCUGCAUCUCCUGCAUUCUGGUGAAGACCAAUCGUGUCCUUCUGGUCUUUGAGGCCAAGAUACCCACAAGCCUCCAUCGCAAGUGGUGGGGUCUGAACCUCCAGUUUCUCCUGGUCUUCCUGUGCACUUUUGUGCAAAUAGUCAUCUGUGUCAUUUGGUUGUAUACUGCACCCCCGUCCAGCUUUCGGAACCAUGAGCUGGAGGAUGAGAUCAUCUUCAUCACCUGCAAUGAGGGCUCCUUAAUGGCACUGGGCUUUUUGAUUGGCUACACUUGCCUCCUGGCUGCUAUCUGUUUCUUCUUUGCUUUUAAAUCCCGCAAACUGCCAGAAAACUUCAACGAGGCCAAGUUCAUCACUUUCAGCAUGUUGAUCUUCUUUAUUGUCUGGAUCUCUUUCAUUCCAGCCUAUGCCAGCACCUAUGGCAAGUUUGUCUCUGCUGUAGAGGUGAUAGCCAUACUUGCUGCUAGCUAUGGACUCCUGGCUUGCAUCUUCUUCAACAAGGUCUACAUCAUCCUCUUUAAGCCCUCACGCAACACCAUUGAGGAGGUGCGCUGCAGUACUGCUGCUCAUGCCUUCAAGGUGGCCGCCAGGGCUACAUUGCGACGCAGCAAUGUGUCUCGCAAGAGGUCCAAUAGUCUUGGAGGCUCCACAGGCUCCACACCAUCUUCAUCCAUUAGCAGCAAAAGCAACCGCGAAGACCCCUUUUGUCUGCCCACAUCGGUGGAGCAACAACAGCAACACGGGUGCAAGCAGAAAGUGAGCUUUGGUGGUGGGACUGUCACUUUCUCACUGAGCUUUGAAGAGCACCAGAAAAAUGCAGUAGCCAACAAAAAUGCAAAGCACAGGAACUCCUUGGAAGCCCAAAAUAGUGAUGAUAGCCUCAUGCGGCAUAAGGCCUUGAUUCCUCUGCAGUGCAGUGAACCACUAGGCAAUGAGCCCAAUUUCCAGACAGCUCCAAGUCACGACUCCAACGCACAGGAAGCAAUAAUGGGAGAAAACAAACAAGAUGGACAAAGCUUAGAAGAAGAACAACCUCCUUUGUCAGCUUCAUACUUGCGGGAUUAUGUAGGCAGUGACUCCAUCAUAGAGAAUGCUGUUCAUUCAUAAUCAAAGAACGGAGAUGCAAUAACCCCUGCUUGUCUUCUGAAUGGUGAGAGAGACUGGAUACUCAUCUGCAGCAUAGCCAGCCUCUUCGUAAUGUUAGAAUGAGCAGGGUAAACUCACCUCCAGCAGAACACUGAGAGGAACAUUUCAAAAGUGAUCAUUCCAGUGAAAAUCUGUGGUGGUUGUGGAAGGUACAAGGAUAAAACUAGAAAGGAUCUUCUUCAGCUGGGCUUUAGCAGACUUUUGUCAUCAACAUUUCACCAUGGUGGUACAGACCAUGAACGUUAGCAAAUGUACUAACAUUGGUUAGCAAAUGUACCUGGGCAGUUUCUUGUAACAUGCUCUGCUUUUUACAUUGAUGUAUAUUAUUGCUUUUCUUCAGGAUGUAUAAUUCCCCUUUAUAUGUAAAACUGCUUAGCCAUAUUACAAGGAGAAACUUUCUGUAGUGCCCAAAACAGGACAUGGAUUUUGACUUAGGGAAAGUCACCUCUACUCCACUCUUUGUCAAAAACAUGCUAAAUAAAGUUCAGCCAGUGGCCUGAACUUAAGUAUUUAAAAUCAUAGAAAUUGUUCCCUGUACACAAUAAGAUAGACCAAUUAAUGCUGUUCCAAAUGCCUUGUAAUGUAUGGCAAUCUUGAGAAACAUCACCACGUUACAUAGAGAAACUGUUCUCCCAGAGAUUUAUAUCAUUUGGAGUGCCCUUGGCUGGCUCACAUUGUAGACUGAAAGGAAUGGGUUUGCAAUCCGGUGAAGUGCAGAGAGAACUUGGUAAGAUGGGCCCAUUCAUUGAGACCUCAGUUUAGUAUCUCCCUGGUGAGUGGCUUUUUAGUUUCAGUCAGCUAAUAGUAACAUCUUGCCUUACAGUUUACACUGCACCGUGCUGUGUUAACUUCUUCCCAACCCAUGAGCUACUCGGUGCCACAUGUAAAAAGACUUCAGCCCUAACAUGUCACAUUUAAAGGGCUCCUAGCAUUACCAAUAUGUGUUUUCUUUUGACAGAAACAAAAUUGUACUAAUGUGUUUGUAUGUGAAGGCUCCUCACAAUCUGAGGUCCUAAACUGCAUUUUAUUUAGCUUGCACAUGUUCCUGAAAAGUGGAACAGCCCUCACCCCACCCCCAUGGUCUUUCUAAAAGAUCAGAUCUGUUUGCUCUUGCAAAGAAGAGCAGGUACAUAUGCCUAGCGAGUUUUUUUAAGUGUUUGAUAAAAUUGAUAGCAAAAAAUGGCUACUGUAAGAAGCCAUAAAGAGUGAAAUAAAGGACAGAUGUUGAAUGUUUAUGGAGCUGCAAAGGAAAACUUACAACUCUGCAUUCUUAUGCUCUUAUCCUUGGAUUCCAACAAGAAAGACUGUAUCUUUGCCUGCUUUGCUCUGGAGUUGGUAAAAUGUAAUUUGGGACAUACUGGUAGAUCUUUAGACAGUUUACCAUACAUUUCUCCCAAUCCUUUAACAGCAACACCACCAACACACACACAAAAAUUAGACUGUUGAGAUUAAGGAAGCUUGGGUUAUCCAGGAAUGGAUUUUGGUUUGCAAGGAUAUUCAUCUCACCUCAAGCGUGAUGAACAAAUCCCAGGGCUCACUCAGCAGCUGCUCAAAGGGCCUGUGUUCAUGCCUUUGUGUGGGUGCUUUUGUUUGUACCAAGUGCAGAUCUUUCUGUGUGUCUCCAGCAAGUGGAUCUUGGGGUUCUAGUAAAACACAAAGUAAACCCAACAAGUCUAAAGUCUCCCUUUCCACUUGUAGCUCAGAUUUAACUGCAGUUUUCUGUUAGACAUGCAGCUGCAUUUAAACUCCUAGCUGACAGAUGCAAAAAACCUUAACUAGCUCUCCUAGUACUUUUUCUUUGGUUAAAAACAACUGUAGAGAUGGUCACUGGAUCAAGGCUACAAGCUGGGGAUAAAAUGCUUUCCUCCAGUUUAAAUCUACCCUAAAAGCUGCUAAGGAAGGAAUGAAAAACAAGCACGAUAGAUGGAGCAAUCAUUUUUCACUUCCUUGAUUAAUAGGAAUGUUGGGGUGGAUUUUCACUGCAGGGAUUCCAUCAGACAAAAGUGUUAAACCCACCAAGCUCAUGUCAGGAAAUGCAGUUACUGAUUCUCCUCUCCAUCACUGCUAGUUUAGUUCUUGGCUAUCAGUUUUUGAGGAAAUGGAAUAAACCAGAGACUUCUCAGAUUCAUUCUAGAAAAACGCUGCCCAUCUUGCUUUCAACAAAGAGGAAAAGGCACCAGCAGGAAACGUGAAUUAACUCUGCCUCAGUAGAGUUCAUCAUUGCUACAUGGGGCAAAGAAAAAUUAACUGAUGGCUUCAAAUUUCCAUUCAUUGUGAAAAUAUUAGCACAUCGGCAACAUAAUGAAACAUGCAAUACUAAAAAAUGUGUCAUAUAAUGACAGUAUUGUUAUAGGUGUAUAUUCUUUUAUUGUCUGUAUGUUUAAAAUCCUAAC